CAUCUCACCGGCCCUUGUCACUAGUCUCUCAACAGAAGUGAAUGACCACACAGGUGUCCAGAUGCCCUCUGGGCCCGGCGGCCAUCCAAGCCUGCGGGCCACAUCACAUGCGCCCGUCCUAUCUUUAGCCAGGAAGGUAUUUAUAUCCCCCAGGGAAGUUUUUUUUUUCCUCCCCGCCCCGGGGUAGCCCCAGAGUCAGUGGCCCGGGGCAUCUCCAGGCCCCCCAGCGGCAGCAGCCUCCGCCCCUCCGGCUCAUCAUGCCCCCAGGCCCCGAGGUCCCGGUGCAGGUGUGGGUGGACGGCCAACUCUUCCAGGCGGAGCAGUCGCUGCUGGUGGAGCACUGCGGUUUCUUCCGCGGGCUCUUCCGCUCCGGCAUGCGGGAGGCACGCGCGGCCGAGGUGCGCCUGGGCGCGCUGAGCGCCGCGGGCUUCGGCCUGGCGCUGCGGGUGCUGCGCGGGGAGCGGCCGGCGCUGGCGGCCGACGAGGAGCUGCUGCAGGCGGUGGAGUGCGCCGCCUUCCUGCAGGCGCCGGCGCUCGCGCGCUUCCUGGAGCACAGCGUCACGUCGGACAACUGCUCGCUGCUGUGCGACGCGGCCGCCGCCUUCGGCCUGCGCGACGUGCUGCACAGCGCCGCGCUCUUCAUCCGCGACGGCGCGCGCGAGCUGCAGGCGGAGCUCGAGCUGCCCGAGGCCCGCGCCUACGUGGCGGCGCUGCGCCCCAGCACCUACGUGGCCGUGAGCACGCACACGCCCACGCCCGGCUUCCUGGAGGACGCGUCGCGCACCAUGUGCUUCCUGGACGAGGAGGAGGACGCGUGGCGCACGCUGGCCGCGCUGCCCCUGGAGGCCAGCACGCUGCUGGCGGGCGUGGCCACGCUGGGCAACAAGCUCUACAUCGUGGGUGGCGUGUGCGGCGCCAGCAAGGAGGUGGUGGAGCUGGGCUUCUGUUACGACCCGGAAGGCGGCACGUGGUGCGAGUUCCCCAGCCCGCACCAGCCGCGCUACGAUAUGGCGCUGGCUGGCUUCGAAGGCCGUCUCUACGCCAUCGGCGGUGAGUUCCAGAGGACGCCCAUGAGCUCCGUGGAGCGCUAUGACCCGGCCACCGGCUGCUGGAGCUUCGUGGCCGACUUGCCCCAGCCGGCUACGGGGGUUCCCUGCGCCCAGGCGCGGGGCCGCCUCUUCGUGUGCCUGUGGAAGCCGGCGGACGUCACCGCCAUCGUGGAGUACGUGGUGCAGAUGGACAGGUGGCUGCCCGUGGCUGAACUGUGUCGUUCGCAGAGCUACGGCCACUUCAUGGUGGCCCAUCGCGACAGUCUCUAUGUGGUGCGUAAUGGCCCUUCCGAUGAUUUCCUGCACUGUGCCAUCGAUUGCUUCAACCUGGUCACGGGCCAGUGGACAUCGCUACCCGGCCAGUUUGUCAACAGCAAGGGAGCACUCUUCACGUCCGUGGUGCGUGGGGACACCGUCUAUACCGUGAACCGUGUGUCCACGUUGGUCUAUGCCAUUGAAGAUGGCACGUGGCGGCUGCUCAGGGAGAAGGCUGGGUUUCCUCGGCCAGGCUCUCUCCAGACCUUCCUCCUGCGGCUGCCCCCGGGCACUACCGGGCCGGUGGCCACCGCAUUGCCAGAGCUGUGACUUCAGAAGACACACCAGUCUUCAUAAGCCUUGGCUGUGUGAGCCUGGCUUGAGGAGCUCCUGGGACUCCUUUUUCCCUGUCGGGACACUCAGGUCUGCUUUCGGGUGGUGUGUGGGUGCCCACGAGGUCCUGAGCAACGCCGAUGCCUGGGUCCUCAAAGCACGCGGGCUCCACCGAGAGCUGGUGGGUCACAAUCUCAGGGAAACGGACGGGGUCACGAUUUGGGCAGUCCAGGCUUGUGAGUGAAUGGCCAACAAUUUGGAGCUGUGUCUAGAAGAGGGUGAAGUGUUGCUAACCGAGCUGCUGACUAGCACGCACAGUGUCAACUCAACGCUGGGUCUGGCGGGAGCUGUAGUAGCCUGGGCACAGAAAGCUUGGAGACUAGCCUAGGCAACUCCGUCUUAAGAGAAGUGUCAGGAUGACCAAAAAAAGGUCUACACAGAAUUUGCCUCCACACAAACUAAAAGCAACAUGCUGAUUGAAAAAAAUAAGCAAACAAUACACAAUGCAAAAAACAAAAACCAAACAAUAAACAAACAAACAAAACGAAAGCAGUCAGCAUGGUGAAGGGGAGAUAAAGAAAGGCUGCAAGUCCCGGAAGUAGGCACAUAUAUAAGCGGCGUAGAGGAGACAGAAUACAGCCUGGAGGAGCCGGGUCAGUCCACAGGGUCUGAGCGCUCUCAGAGACGGGAAAGAGCGGACCAGACAGAAUCUCUGUCUGAAUCUUAAAGGCUCUAGCCUUUAAGUCAGGACAGCUGGAGACGGAAGCAUUUCAUAGUGAGUGAGGCUGGACUGAAUUGUAGCAGUUAAAAUUUAGUUGAGCCUGGAGCCAGAUGUAGGAAGGAGCAAGGGUUCCUUGAACAGCUUCAGGGGCUGGGAUGGAACGGGAUCCUCCAGGGGUAAAUCCUUGACCUAUCUCUUUUGGUUAUUACUUUGAGACUGUUAAUCCCCUGACUUCAGGUCCCUUAAGGUGUAAGGAGCCUAUUCCUGCUGAUCUUGGUGCAUUCCUUCCUAGAUAUACCACAGGCUCCGUAAUCUCUGCUGUGGCCCUUCCCUGGGCCUAUAGUGCCUUUCCUCUUUCUCUUUAUCAGCUCCAUGCCCACCUCCUCUCUGCAGGACUGGCUGCCUGUGUCACUCAUUGAUCUCUGCGACAUUCUGUGUUGGGUGUAUGCAGACCGGCAAUUGUAGCAGUCCCCUGCUAUUAAUGGGGCGUUGCACUGCCUUGCCUGCAGAAUGAAAUGAUGUCUUACAAGAACCACUAUCGAGGAGUCUGCUGCUGACACAUGUUGUUAAGCAAUUCCUGUCUUAAAAGCGACACAGCUUCUGUUUUAGAUGCUUGCUUCAGCCCUGCAGUCUGGUCGUGUCCAGGGCAGACGUCUCUCAGUGGCCCGGGAUAGUCUCCAUCUUCCAGGACCCGAGGCUCAUAGAAAACUCUGGCUUCAGACACAGGGCACACAGCGUGGGCAAGGUACUUCCUGGGCAUGGAGCCUGGUGUUGGGCUGCCACUUACUACCUCUUCCCCUGAUGUGUGUCCCAAACCUGAAAUAAGCUGCCUUAGCAGUGUGGAAUUGUCUAGUCUUUGUAAUAGUCUAGUCUGAUGAUGAAUCACAGCAAUAAACUCUGACAUUUGUAGCCUACAAAUUCUAGGCAAACCAUUUUUACAUUCAUUUUUUUCCACGGUCCCUCACUUGUGGUUCUUUCUAAGUUUAUAAGUUUACACACACUCAAACACGCAUGCAUGUGUGGACGAACAUGCACAUAC